CGGAUGUAGUGCACUUAUUUAUACAGCAGGGAGCCGUUUGGGAUGCGGCCCAAAGUUAGCGCGUAGGUCGUGUGAGAGAGAGAAAUGUACUGAUGGACACAAAGUGGGAUUUCUGACUGAUUAAAAACACAAACAAUGCGAAGAGCUGCUAAGGAUCUGUAACCCAUUCAUCCUCAUCCUCAUCUUCAUCUUCGUCCUUCAGACCUCCUUUCAGCCCUUGACUUUACCAUGAGCACUGGAAUGGAGUGACCUCUGAUCUCAGAGCUGUAUAAAAAAAUGGAAGGUGUAGAUGGAUCUGUUUGGUUUUAUCUGGUGUGUUUUCUCAGCCUGGGCACCUCAGGGGCAUUGAAGGUUUCUGUAACUGAUGUAAAUGGCACACAGACAGCAGGCGAUGUGGAGGAAGGUAAGACGCCUGUGAUGCUCACCACACCGAGUCAGAUCAUCGCACGCGAAGGGAACUGCGUCCUGAUCGAUUGCAACAUCACCGGUGAGCCUUUCCCCAAAGUGCAGUGGUUCAACUCCCACGGACGCCUUUUGGAUACGGAGGAAAACGAGGGAAAAUGGUGGAUUCUGGAGAACGGAGUCCUCAACAUCACCAGCAUCACCUUCGCAGACCGGGGCAAAUACACGUGCAUGGCUUCUAACAGUCACGGCAUCGCCAACUGUACAGUCACAGUGCGCGUGGUCUUCACCAACGGAGACAUGGGCGUGUACUACGUGGUGGUGUGUCUGGUGACUUUCACCAUCAUCAUGGUGUUGAAUGUAACUCGGCUUUGCAUGAUGAGCAGCCACCUGAAGAAGACGGAGAAGGCCAUCAACGAGUUUUUCCGCACCGAGGGAGCAGAAAAGCUCCAGAAAGCGUUCGAAAUCGCAAAGCGUAUCCCUAUCAUCACGUCGGCUAAGACGCUGGAACUGGCCAAAGUCACGCAGUUUAAGACCAUGGAAUUUGCACGUUACAUCGAGGAGCUGGCACGCAGCAUCCCUCUCCCACCGCUGAUCAUGAACUGCCGCACCUUCAUGGAGGAGAUCCUGGAAGUGGUGGGGGUCGAGGAAAUGAGACACAACUUUGUCCGACAGGCACCCGAAGGUCAUGAAGGCACUUCUCGUGCUCUUGUUGGGGCCGUCAGUAAUGUUUUCACCAUUCUGCAGAUUCGAGACCGAGCAAGAGACAGAGAGAGGAGUGGAUCUCCUACGGCAGAUUCAGACGACGCUUCGCUACACGAGCAGCCGCAACACAUCGACAUUCAGGUCUCCAUUCAUCCACCACUCAGUGAAGCAGCCUGCAGCGUCGAGGCUCCGCCCCUCACAGAUACGGACGCCGAGGCCACUGCUCCAGCUCAGGUGAGCGUGGACACGGAGCCUGAAGAACAACAGAUAACGGUGGAGGUGGAGCCAGAGCCAGAGCCAGAGCCAGAGCCAGAGCCAGAGCCAGAGCCAGAGAGCGAAGCAGAAAUGUCUCCAACUAGCCAAGUUAUCUACGAAAGCCACGUGUAAUGUUCCUAUAAACAGGACGAUUCUCUUGCUAUGCAUUUCACCAAUCAUUUAAAAAAAAAAAUUGAUUUGAAUGAAACAAUCUGCUGUUUUAUGUCCACUAUUGAUAAUUUAGAGUGAACACUAAGACUUUUUGAGUUCUGCUUUCCCAUGACAAUUCAAGUUGAAUGUAUUUUGGGGAGAAUAAACUAGCACCCAGUUUUAUUUAUUUCUCUAGCAGACACUAGGGCUACUCUCGGGCAUAGAGUCAGAUGAAUCUACAGCGCUGCUCUCGGAUAGACACGUAGGUUGAUCACUUACUAAUCUGCUGAUUGAUGAGUCUGAUGUUAAGCAUUUCAGGUGUAGAGUAUUAUUUGUCUCUGAGACUCCGAGUUUGUUACGAGUCCGUUUCUGUGUAGUGCAUGAGAAAUAUAUAUCAAGUUCUCUAAAUGUUAUCCACCGGACAGGACACCGAAGAGAAUAUUCUCAUUCUGUAUUUAUAGGGGAAUUAUUAAUCUUUACAUUGAGUCUGUUAUUAGAAUUAAUAUAAUGAUACUUAUUAGUGAUUUUGUGUUAGUAGUUUAAGGUUUAAUUUAAUUCUUUUUGAGCAUGUUUAUUAAUGUGUUUAACUUUUACAGCCUUAAUGCUUCUUUUCACUUUUUCAUCUUGGCCUCCAACAUCCUCACUGCUUGUAAAAGAAAUAGUACAAGAGGCCAUUAUGGAUUUCUCACCUCGUUCCGUGCUCUUAAAGAUGAUGUUUUUUUUUUAAAGGAAAUAAAAAGUUCAUGCUGUGUUAA